GCAUUUUAACCAGUUCAAACGAAUACGCCUUUUAUGAAACGUAGAUGUGUUGACUUUUUCAGGAAAACGUAUUUUUACAUUUAAUAAUAGCAUGCAGAAAGGAAUUAUAAUCAUGUGUUAUGUAAUCUAAUUUAGUGCGUUUGCCAUACAGGACAGUCAAUCAAAUAAGGCUUAUAAACAGAUAAUUUAGAUUAUGGACGACGCUUCCAAUAUUCUGAGAGACAUUGAGAGGAAAGUCAGUGUUGGCGAUAACCAGAAGUCAUUUAAUUUACUCUACAGUUCCGUGGACAAAGUUGAUGUUGAUGAUUUCCAUGUCCAGUGUGAUGGAAAAGGACCAACACUAACCGUUCUUUAUGGAAAAUACAACACCAUAUUUGGCGGCUACACAAGUCAAGAGUGGUGCUCAGACAAACAGAGAACCAAACGAGAUGAAAACGCAUUCUUGUUCUACAAGAAUGAUCAUGCGGAAGCUACGUGUACUUUCUUACCAAUUAAAGAAAAAUAUGUUGAUAGGGCAAUAACGUGUGAUGCAAACUUCGGACCAACUUUCGGAGGGGGUGCCUUUUUCUGGGAGGCUUAUGACCUUCAAACGUUCAAGAAAGACAAUAAAAAAUCUGAAAGUGAAAGAGAAGCAGGCUCCUAUAUAAACAAAUGGGGGUGGAAUUUUGCUCCGAGGCUUAGAAAACCAGAUCAAAAAAGGAAAGACAUAAACGCUGGGGCGUUAGUUGUUAAACGGAUAGAGGUUUAUCAAGUUGUAGACGACCAGCUUCAAGAACCAUGGAGGACUAAACCAACAGAUACUGAAAUGGAAGAAAUAAAGAAGAAACUAGAGAAAAUGGAACCAUUGCCAGGCCUUGGUAUCAAAACAUAUAACAUAUUACUUGUCGGUGUCAUCGGGUCUGGAAAAUCAAGCUUCUAUAACACAUUGGCAACGGUUUUCAUGGGGGCUGUAAAGUCUCAUGCACCAGCAAGAGAUGCGCCAACAAGUGUCACAAACGAGAUUCACGCAUAUGAGCUGAAAUCAAGGAGUGGAAAGCCUUUAAAUCUCCGAAUAUUUGAUAUCAGAGGAUUUGAAGCUGAGAGGGGAUAUGAGCACGAGUUUGACCUACUUCUGAACGGUAGAUUACCAAUUGGGUUUAGUUUUCCAGAUCAACCAGGGCCUAUUCAACAAGGUGACUUGGUAAAUGCAAGUUUGAAAGACGAAAUACAUUUGGUGUGCUUUGUUACCGGGACUUCAAAUUUAGACACUAUCACGGAUGAUCUACAUAAACGUAUAAUGAGUAUACAAAAAUCUAUCAACAGGAAAGGUUUACCAAUGGUUGUUGUUGCAACCAAAUUUGACGACCUUUGUCAGAAAAUAUCUGAGGAUGCUAACAGAGUCUACAAAAGUCCAAAAGCUCGCGAUGCAACGAAAACUGUCUCAAAUUUCUUUGGUAUACAAGAAAAAUACAUAUUUCCAAUUGUAAACUACGUUAAUGAUGAAACUAUAAAAAACGGCAAAGAUAGACUAGCUCUACAGGCAUUGAAUACUAUGAUUGAACUUACAAGAGAUUACCUAGAAAAUCACAAAGAGAUGGCCUCAAAACUUGACAGGUGGUCAGAACGUGCAAGCAAGUUACAUAUACCGAGGCAUUCCAACGAGAAAGAAAUCGAGCUAAUGAAGAUUGGGGCUGAACUUGAAGAACUAGGCGACAAUGUUCUACGUGUUCUUUGUGUUGGACCCGUGUAUAGUGGGAAAACAAGCUUCAUCGAUUCGAUUUCAUCUGCGUUAAGAGAUGAAAUAUAUUCUAAAGCAACGGGAGGCUAUGCGACUGGUAGAAAACCAAAGGAUGGACAUUUCGUAUCUACAACUGAGAGGUAUAAAAUGUAUCAAAUGAAAUACAAACACGAGUCUGAAGACAUUAUUGAUAGCAAUGUGUUUAUUGGAGAUAUACCAGGUUUUCAAGAAUCUGAUGGCAUCCAACUGGACGAUGUCAAAAAUGUCAUUCUUGGACAUGUGCCAAUAAAAUAUAAGAUAAUACAAGGCAUGAAGAGGGAUUCAAAAAAGUUUAAGCAUCGACCACUCAAGAAGGACAAAGUACAUUGUGUUUGUUUUGUGUUUGACAUAUCUACACCUGCUGAAGAGCUCUCAGAAAAAAUGCAAAAGACAUUUAAAUCUCUACAAGCAUGGCUGCUUGACAAAGAUAUUCCUUACAUUGUCAUUUUGACAAAAGGAGAUUUACUCAGUGAUGUGGUAGAUGAAUGCAAACUUCACGUAUUUGAAAACAAAAUUUUAAAAGAAAACAAAGACAAACUGAUAGACAUGUUCAAGUUUAAACAAAGUAAAAUGUUUCCGGUGAUAAACUAUAUACACGAAGAUACUGUGGUGCCGGAAUCUGAUGCUUUACUUUUAUCGGCUUUCAAAGAAAUUCUCAAGCUUGGUAAGGAGUAUCUGGAAGAUAUGGAUGAGGAUGGUUCUGAUGACAGUGAUGAUGAAGAAAAUGGAUCAGAGAAAACGCUGAAUAGACGGAUAUCCAAAUCAACUCUUUCAAGAUAGCAUGGGAACUGGAAAGACAAUGAGUACAAAUAGUGAAAUUUCUAAAGUAAAAUAAUUGGUUUAUUCAUAUGAAAUAUUUAUUUGCUUUUAAAACAAGUACAAUAAAAUUAUCUUAAUUGUACAUAUCGAAUGUGCAUAUUGAAACAUUUCUACAGGGUAUACAAUUUCCAUUCCUUACAUUGAAACUGCACUAGUCUCAUUAUCGAAAAUUGUAAGUGGAUUUACCGAUAUGAUACAAGAAUGACAUUGCCUUCACAUUGGUUUCACAUACAUUGUAUGGCAUAUGUACUUGAACAUUAUCAAUACACGUAUAGGUUUUAUGAAGAUUAUAAGAAUAUAGAUAGAAAAUAUGUGUUCGCCUAAAAGAAAAUACGUGUUCGCCUAAAUUGAUAUUUAUGUUUUAUUGGUACAGUAAUAAAAUUCAAUUUAUAUGUUA